CCAUUCAUCCCAUUCCUUCCUCAUCGUCCAACCAACUGGAAGAAUAAAUGAUGCAACGCACAAGACUCAUCGGACUCCUCUCAAGGACAGCAGCCAGACAGCCGAUCCAGCAGUGGGCUCAGCCUAUCUCGAUCCGCACCUUCACUUCUGCCCCCAAGACCGACAGCCAGGCACCACGCUCCGUCUCAGUUACGAAGGACAAGAACUCGCCCGAAGUGGCGAUUUUCACCCUGCACCAGAGUGCGUUCAGCCAUGAAACCGCGAAGCUUAUGCUUACAGAGUGGAAGGCCAUGGAGCAGGACCCAUCGAUCCGCGCGGUCAUGUUGAAGAGUGAUCUCAAGUCCAUCUUCUGCGCCGGCAUUGAUUUCAAAGAGUUCCUAAAGGGCCCUGAAAGCUUUGCGGAGUACUGGAGAUCGAUCCGCCAUAUCUUUGAUACGAUCUACAGCUCGCGCCUCAACACUGCUGCCUCAAUGCACGGACACAGUCUCGGCCUAGGAUGCGUGCUCGGUAUGGCCUGCCAGGACCGUUUCAUGAUGGGCGCGGUCCCCAAACCCGGGACGAUCGGUCUGAACGAGGUCGACGUCGGUGUUCCGGUCCCACACUGGCUGGUCGAGCUCUUUGCAAUGAUCACAUCCCGUCGCCAUGCAGAGCGGUUUUUGCCGCUUGGCAAGAUCCUAUCUGUGAGAGAAGCGCACGCGAUCGGGUUGGUCGAUAAGGUGGAUUUCUCGAGUCAGGAGGAAAUGGAUGAGUUUGUGGUGCGGUACUUGGCAGGACGAUCGACGGCCCCACCAGUGGCCCAGGCUGAGACCAUGCGGGUGAUCCGGUUGAAUUUCUUGAAGUUUUUCAGAGACUCGGAGGAGGAGGAUGUGCAGACGAUCACGAAGUAUGUGCAGCAGGAGGAGGCGCAGACAAUCUUGAAGGGGCAGCUGGCGAAGUUAGCGGCCAAGGCCAAGAAGCAAUAAAUGAGAGGUGCUUGUUGAAAAAACCUUUUUUUUCGAUUGCACAUGGUUUUACAAUCCUACCCACACCCGGGAAAAUUUGUUUUGUUUUGUGGUCGAUCACGAUCUCCACAACGAGAGUGUGUGUUGUUCUUGGUCCAAUGAGUCCAACAAGGGGGGCUCGAUCGAU